UCUGCCUUGGGGUAACAGUAAGCAGCUGCCCUGCCGAGCUGGAGCUCGCUGCCGGGCACCCUGUCUGCAAUUGCUGGCUAAUGGAUCCCAUCGGAUCCCUUUCCUGGAGCAUACUUCUGUUUCUCUGCCUGGCUUUUGAGUUGAGCUACGGAACAGGUGGAGGUGUGAUGGAUUGCCCAGUGAUUCUCCAGAAGCUGGGACAGGACACGUGGCUGCCCCUGACAAAUGAACAUCAGAUAAAUAAGAGUGUGAACAAAAGCGUCCGCAUCCUCGUCACCAUGGCAACGUCUCCAGGAAGCAAAUCCAACAGGAAAAUAGUGUCUUUUGAUCUCUCUAAAGGGGGCUAUCCAGACCACCUGGAGGACGGCUACCACUUUCAUUCAAAAAACCUGAGCCUGAAGAUCCUCGGGAACCGGCGGGAGAGCGAGGGAUGGUACUUGGUGAGCGUGGAGGAGAACGUAUCUGUUCAGCAAUUCUGCAUGCAGCUGAAACUUUAUGAGCAGGUCUCCACUCCAGAGAUUAAAGUACUAAACAAAACCCAGGAGAAUGAGAAUGGGACCUGCAGCUUGCUGUUGGCCUGCACAGUGAAGAAAGGGGACCAUGUGACUUACAGCUGGAGUGAUGAGGCAGGCACCCACCUGCUGAGCCCAGCCAACCACUCCCACCUCCUGCACAUCACGCUUAGCAACCAACAUCAAGACAGCAUCUACAACUGCACUGCAAGCAACCCUGUCAGCAGUCGCUCUAGGACCUUCAACCUAUCAUCGCAAGCAUGCAAGCAGGAAUCCUCCCCAGAAUCGAGUCCAUGGAUAUCAUAUACUGUUGCACCACUGGGAGUCAUUAUAAUCUUCAUCCUGGUUUCCACGGCAAUAAUAAUGAUGAAAAGACAAGGUAAACCAAAUCACUGCCAGCCACCAGUGGAAGAAAAAAGCCUUACUAUUUAUGCCCAAGUACAGAAAUCAGGGCCUCAAGAGAAGAAACUUCAUGAUGUCCUGACAGACCAGGACCCCUGCACUACCAUUUAUGUGGCUGCCACAGAGCCUGCCCCAGAGUCUGUCCAGGAACCAAACCCCACCACAGUUUAUGCCAGUGUGACACUGCCAGAGAGCUGACCCAUAGGCCCAGUGAAAGGACUUUUUAAAGGAAAAUAGAAGAACCCAAAUCCACAGUGAACCGGUCCCUGGGUCCCAAGUUCUCUGUGACAGAAACUGCACAUCUGUACCCUUCUCCAAUCAGUUCCCUGGUGAUGGAUCUGCACAGGUGUGUCUGUGAAGUAGAUGAGAAGUGAGGCUUCCUGGACAUGUAGCCUGCUCUGCAGCUGACACAGAAACGAAGCAGAGAUCCCUUGAUGCAGUGUUCCAUCUUUGCUGUAGCAGAUAAUGUGAGUUUAGGCAUCUCACUCUUUGCUGGGCUGGGUAACAGAACUCAA